AUGAGACUCUCCUCAGUAGCCCUACUGUCGUUCCUAUCAACAGCCAUGGCAGCUCCCUUGGUCCGUGGCCCCGGCGGUCGACUUGUACAAGAAGGUGCCGGUUGCACAUUAGUACAAGGCCGAAGUGUAUGUGACGAUGGAUUCGGAAAUACCUUCUUCGAAGAUGAUCCUUUCUCGUCAAAAUGA